AUGACAUCAGCGGUUACACCCGAGAUAAAGGCAAUAGUUGACCCGCUUGUGUCUCAAAUAAAAAGAAGAGAGACAACAGAUGACAAAGGCUUGGCCUUGGAGGUGGCACACAUGCUAAUGCGUGUGAUUUCAGCAGUCAGGUGGACAAACCCCUACGAUCUAAUCGCCGUGAUCAGGAAGGUGGGAAUAAUACUUGAGGGUGCCAGGCCGACAGAUAUUAUUCCAGGAAAUAUCGUCAGGAGAGUGCUUGCAUUGAUAAGAGAUGAGAUCGACACCGAAAACAACACAGACAAUACGCCAAUGAUGAGCUCCAUGUUCAGCUUACUUUCAACGAACCAACUGAGCACCAAGAAGAACCAGCAAAUACAUAGCAAAAAGCAGUCGAGCGACAUGCGUUCGAUCAUCAUUCAAGGAAUCAAGGACCUCGUCGACGAAAUCUCUAACGUUAAAGGAGAGCUCGAGUCUAUGGCAUCAGACUUGAUUCACGAAAAUGAGAUCUUACUAUGUGCUACUCCUACUUCGGAUACUGUUUUACAAUUUCUAAUUAAAGCAAGAGUGAAGAGAAAAUUCACAGUUUUGGUUACCGAGAGUUACCCUAAUGAUUUGCUUGAUGCACAGAGAUUCGUCAAGUCGCUAGCUGAAAACAGGAUCGAAGCCGUUCUUAUACCUGACAGCACGAUUUUUGCUGUGAUGUCUAGGGUAGGCAAGGUCAUCCUUGGUGCCAAUGCUGUUUAUGCCAAUGGUGGUGCUCUUUCAAACGCUGGUGUUGCUAAUGUAGUGGAAUGUGCUAAGGAACACAAGACUCCUGUUUUCGCCGUUGCUGGAUUAUUCAAAAUUUCACCCAAGUACCCUUUCAACAGAGAAGACCUCAUAGAGGUUGGAAAUUCUGGUAAGGUCCUCAACUAUGAUGACUACAGCCUUAUGCAAAACGUCGACGUUGUGACUAAUCCUUUAGCGGACUAUGUUCCUCCAGAGCACAUUGACAUCUACAUUACCAACAUUGGCGGUUUUGCUCCAUCUUUCAUAUACAGAAUUGUCCUUGACAAUUAUAAAACCGAAGAUAGCAAUUUGGACUAA